GCUCAGUCGGCCGAUGCACUCAGCCACAAGCUCUUCAUCUCCUCCGUCCACCCGUCCGUUCCCGCCGCACGACUCCCUCUCCAGGAGGCGGGAGAGAAGGAGAGAAGGAGGGAAGGAAAGAAGGAGGGACGAGGGCAGCGAACUUUUAGACCUCCUCCAACAACAACAACAUCUUCCUGUAAGGGUGUCAAAAGCCAACAACUGAUUCCCCCCUACCUUCCUGGGGGGGUCACAAGCCUGGAGGGCAGGGGAGUGCGUCUCCCGCAUGCCGGGAGAGUGGGGGUCAAACUGGGAGGAACUGCAUGAACGGACUCUUUGGAGUGUGCUUGCGUGUGGACUUCAUAGGCUGAGGUCAUCGUCCAGGUGUUGCUGCGCUGACUAGCUGCUCCUUGGGGUGGGGUGGUGGUGGGGGGGAGGUGGGAGAAGCUAUGAGUCUGGGAACGCGAGCGAGCGGCUGGAGGAGAGAGCUCGCCUGCUGGCAGGGGCAUCCAGGCACCGGGGUGCUGACGCCGAGCUCACCGCUGCCAGGCUUAAACGAAAACCUACUAAUUGAUAAGGAUGAAGCUAAAAGAAGAUUCUUCAAUUGACUCAUGCCCUACGUAGACAAAUUUUCUAGAAUCAUGGAUCUGGAUGACUUGCAAAACACCACCCUUCACGGGAACAUGUCAGCGGCCCAGACUGUUUCACCCAGUCUAUGGGAGGUCAUCGCCAUUGCGACUGUAUCAGCAGUUGUGAGCCUCGUGACAAUUGUGGGAAACAUUCUUGUGUUGCUCUCCUUUAAGGUUAACAGCCAGCUGAAGACAGUGAACAAUUAUUAUCUUCUGAGCUUGGCCUUUGCAGACCUCAUCAUUGGAGUAUUCUCAAUGAACCUGUACACUUCGUAUAUUUUAAUGGGUUACUGGUCCUUGGGAAAUUUAGCGUGUGACCUCUGGUUAGCUCUGGACUAUGUGGCCAGCAAUGCAUCGGUAAUGAAUCUGCUGGUCAUCAGCUUUGACAGGUAUUUCUCCAUCACAAGGCCGCUGACUUACAGGGCAAAGAGGACCCCAAAACGGGCUGGCAUCAUGAUUGGCAUGGCAUGGCUGGUGUCGUUCAUCUUGUGGGCUCCGCCAAUUCUGUGUUGGCAAUACUUUGCAGGCAAGCGAACAGUUCUACCAGACCAGUGCCAGAUCCAGUUCUUCUCUGAACCAGUGAUCACAUUUGGAACAGCUAUAGCAGCUUUCUACAUCCCAGUGUCAGUCAUGACUAUCCUGUAUUGCAGAAUAUACAAGGAGACAGAGAAACGCACCAAGGACCUGGCAGAGCUUCAAGGCCUCACAUCCACAGGCAACCCUGACAUUUCCAUACCCCGGCGAACCAUGAUAAAGUCCUGCUUCGGCUUUAAUAAUGACAGAGAAAGGACCCAGGCGUCGUGGUCGUCGUCAAACCAGAGCAACAUCACGAUGACCACCACGGUGCGAUCCAGCGACACAUGGGCCAGAAAUGACCAGGUCACGUCCUUCAACAGCUACACGUCAUCCGAGGACGAGGAGAGGCCCGUCUCUGCGACAGCCUCGCAGGAGUCUUGCAAGAGCCAUGUGCCAGGGCAAAACGAGAACGGGCAGCUAGAGGGUUACGAUGAAGACUGCUACUUCAGCCCGUCUCCGAGGCGCAGCUCACAGAAAGGCAGCAAGAAAGGCAUCUCCUACAAGUUCAAGCCACUCCCUAAAGAGGUGGGCCCUCAGCCGAGCGGAACAACCGACAAUCAAACACCCAUGCUUCCAUGCCCGUCCUCCGACCCGCUGGAACUCUCCUCCUCUCCCUCCGCCACUGCCACCAGACCCAUGGACCCCGUCCUCAAGUGCCAGAUAACCAAAAGGAAGAGAAUGGUCCUAAUCAAGGAGAAGAAGGCGGCCCAGACUCUUAGUGCCAUCCUUUUGGCGUUCAUCCUCACCUGGACCCCCUACAACAUCAUGGUACUCAUCUCCACCUUUUGCCCUGAUUGUAUCCCCGUUUCUCUCUGGCAUUUGGGGUACUGGCUCUGCUACGUCAACAGCACAAUCAACCCCAUGUGCUACGCCCUGUGUAAUAAGACCUUUCAGAAGACAUUCAAAAUGUUGCUCCUGUGUGAAUGGAGGAAGAACAGAGGGGAAGAGAAAUUGUAUUGGUGUGGCCAAAACCCUGCCUUGAACACUAAACUGCCAUAAUGGUGUUGAACUACACAUUGUGUCUGAAAGGUUGAUCUGACUCAAUAUGAAGUGUAUGAGGUGUACCUGUGUAUUUUGAGCAUGCUGUGUUAACUAUAAAUUGCUCAUCCCGCACAAGUGAACCUCCCAAAUGUAGAGAAGCCAUUGUCUGGUUACAGUGACAUUUCCAAAGUUUGCUGAGAGCUUAUAAGCUUGUAAUUAAGACACUGUCAUGAGAUUUAUCCAUUUGUAGCACAAAACACGGAAUAUAUUUGUCUGAAAAUCUUUGAUGAUGCCUGUACAUAUAGCUUGGCACUUACUAUUAUACCGUAUUUGUACGUGUUUGUUUUCACACCGGUAGAAGGUCAGGUUUUACAUUUAUGUUGCCCAUUUGAAAAUGUGUUUGUUGUUUUUUUUUUGUAUUUAAGGGCUAUGUGAUAUGUUAACACCAUAAAAAACUGUUCCAUGGAUUCAAAUUCUAAUCAAGACCUUGGAAUUAUCAAAUUGUAUCUGACCUUUUGCCAUUAAUGAGUUAUUAUUAUUAUUAGUAUUAUUAAUGUGUAAUUUGUACGGCACUGAAUGUCAGUUAAAGAACUUUCACCAAAAUACUGUUAGGCAAAGGUGUCAGAUUUAAAUGGUUCUGGGCAUUAAGUCAGUAAAAAUUCACAGAAGUCAAAUGUAAUAAUACAAUUCCAAGCUCUUGAAAAUUGCAAAGAGUGCUGUCAGAAUAUUUGUAUCAGUUGACAGUUCAACACCACAUGAUUGCUGUUACCUUCUUUUUUUCCUCUCACACAACUGUAGUGGUUUGACAUAGGUGUUUUAAAUAUGGUCAUGUGUUUCUAGCUUAUUAUGUAUUACGUUCAGAAGCUUACAUUUGUCACCCUUCAAGAGUACCAUACUGAGACAAUACUGAGAGAUAUUUCCAGAAGAUUCCACAGAUAUCUAUAUCCAAUAUCAAGUUGUACUGAAGAUGGGCUUUGAAUUAGGUGGGUUCAAGCCUUACAUGAAGAGCAGUUUGUUUCUUUUGGGUAGGUUGAAAAGGCUGUUUUUGAAGAAAAUAAAUCUGACCUCAGCUUCUCACAAAUCUUUUAACAAACGUUGCCCUGUACAUACAUCCAAAUCCCUCUGCACUGUAUUGUGAAAGUCUGUGCUAGUAGUUCAUAUUCGACCUAAGCAGUGAAUACACACUUGUGAAAAAAAUAGCAUUUAAUUUGCCUUUCGUUCACAUCUUUUAAUUGACCUACCUGUAAAACAUUUUGAGUGUUCAUAAAUAUAUUAAACUGGAGCACUGCUUACAGAAACUA